GGCCGGCAAGCGCCGGGCAGCUGGAAAGCCGAGCCGACGGUAGUAAGCGCAGUGCGCGCCGGGGGCGAACUGGAGACUGCGGAGCGCUCCAGGGGCUGCGGGUUUUACUGCCAGUGGGGCAGGGAGGUUACAGCCUCUUUCCUCCGCCCCUUUCCCCGCCUCGCCCACACAAGUACAUCCCAAAACCCCACCCCCAGGCGCCUCGGGCCUCUCCUAGAUUGGGCUGCUCCAGGAAGUUUCCAUGAAAGCACCUGAUAUACCACUUAGCGGGGCCGAGAGAACUCAAGCGACAGAAAGCCCUGGCCCACUCUGGUGAGUUGCAGCCAACAACUCGGGGCUGUGCUGGGAGGAGAAAGGGAAGUUGGGAAGUCGGGAGCCCGUGGUGCCCGGCGCCCUUCUCAUGGCUUCACCCAGCCUCUCCAGCAGCGACUGCUCCUAUGUGAUCGAUCACAGCCAUGUGCCCAACUUUGAGGUGGCCACUUGGAUCAAAAUCACCCUCUUCCUGGUGUACCUGAUCAUCUUCGUGGUGGGCAUCCUGGGCAACAGCAUCACUAUUCGGGUCACCCAGGUGCUACAGAAGAAGGGCUACCUGCAGAAGGAGGUGACGGACCACAUGGUGAGUCUGGCCUGCUCUGACAUCUUAGUCUUCCUCAUUGGCAUGCCCAUGGAGUUCUACAGCAUCAUCUGGAACCCUCUGACCACACCCAGCUACUCCCUGACUUGUAAGCUUCACACUUUCCUCUUCGAGGCGUGCAGCUAUGCCACGGUGCUGCACGUGCUGACACUCAGCUUCGAGCGCUACGUGGCUAUCUGUCACCCCUUCAGGUACAAGGCCCUGUCAGGGCCCUGCCAGGUGAAACUGCUGAUUGCCUUUGUCUGGAUCACGUCCGCGCUGGUGGCGCUGCCCUUGCUUUUUGCCAUGGGCGUGGAGUACCCCCUGCUGCAUGUGCCGAAUCUCCAGGGUCUCGCUUGCAACCGCUCCCGCACCCGGCACCACGAGCAGCCCGAGACCUCCAACAUGUCCAUCUGUACCAACCUCUCCAGCCGCUGGACUGUGUUCCAGUCCAGCAUCUUCAGUGCCUUCAUCGUCUAUCUUGUGGUCCUGGUGGCCGUGGCCUUCAUGUGCUGGAACAUGAUGCAGGUGCUCAAGAAGAGCAAGCAGGGCACGCUGGUGGGGACUGGGCCCCAGCUGCAGCUGAGAAAGACGGAGAGCGAGGAGAGCAGGACCGCCAGGAGGCAGACCAUCAUCUUCCUGAGGCUGAUCGUCGUGACAUUGGCCGUGUGCUGGAUGCCAAACCAGAUUCGGAGGAUCAUGGCUGCGGCCAAACCCAAGCACGACUGGACGACGUCGUACUUCCAGGCGUACAUGAUCCUCCUGCCCUUCGCGGAUACGUUCUUCUACCUGAGCUCCGUGGUCAACCCGCUGCUGUACAACGUGUCCUCGCAGCAGUUCCGCAAGGUGUUCGCGCAGGUGCUGCGCUGCCGCCUGUCGGUGCCGCACGCCAACCACGAGAAGCACCUGCGCGCCCACAGCCGCGCCACGGCCGACAGCGUGCGCUCCGCCCGCAGCCCGCUCAUCUUCCUCUCUUCCCGGCGUGGCUCCUCUGCAAGGAGAACUAACAAGGUUUUCUUGAGCACCUUUCAGAGCCAGGCCAAGCCCGAGACGCCGACCCCGGAGCCAUCGAGUCUCGAGUCACCGCGGCCCAACGCAGAGACGAAACGAAACAGUUCUGCCACAGAGGACGGUUUUCAGGAGCAGGACUCAUGAAGGUCAAGGAACGCAGCCUUGGGUGGGAACCGGCCCUCCCCGCCCACGAAAGCAGUUUCGCAAUCAACUGGGCCCCCAGGCAGGGACAGAAUGGAAG